AUGAUGGACUUAAAUUACCCCAAUGACUCCACCUCUACAGUAGGGUCACCCAGGCUGGCCCAAAUUGGCUACGUGAUAUCGCAGGACAGUGGGAAGGAAAAAGAACACAAAUCUUUUCUUACACAUAUUGUUAAAAUUAGCCUAUUUAUAGUUCUCAUUGGGGCAUGCCGUUUCUCCAAUGAGGAUGACCUGCAAAGAGAACUCCCCCAGGCGAAUAUAUCAAGAAGUGUUGUGAAGCAGCCCUUUCCUCCCAGUAGACCAUCGAGCGUGCUAAAAAAUAAACCCGAACAAACAGCGGAAGAAAUGCUGGAAAAGCUAAGCAGAAAGCAUCGCAUAAAAAAUACAAUCCAAAGUAAAGAUAAAGAUAAACGCCAGCAGCGAAUGUUGAGUGCAAUUCCAAAGGUAUAUGACGGCGUAGAUGAGCCCUACGAAGAAAAAGUCCAAUACAGCUUAUCGAAGUGCAGCUGUGAAGAUUGCAAUGUAGAGAUAGACGGCGACCAAUGGGAGCCUUACCACCAUCACUCGAAGAAUUCCAAAUUUGUCUUCAUCAAUGACCUAUUAAUCCUAGUGAUUGUCGGCAUCAUAGUUGGGGCUAUUACCUGCGCAGCUAUAGGGACCUGGGUGGCCGUUUUUCCCCUAAUUAUUCUCAUCCCAGUGGUAAUCAAAAUAAUAGAUGUUCUUAACGGAAGAUAA